AUGGUUUGUUUGGCAUCCGUGUAUGGAGCGUGGACUAUCAGAGACAGAAAAUGGUAUUUUGAGGUUGAUAAAACGAGAGGAGGUAGAAUGUUCUACCUGCAGGAUGAUUGUAAACAUGAAGAGCUGGUUGAAAUGGUUGUGAACGACUACAUGUUGCAAGUUAAUGGCGAGCUGCUGGAGUUGUCAUAUCCAUUACCAGCUGCUAUGAUGGAGAAAUUGCCAACGGAUUCACCUCCUAUGUAUGUGACGAACGACAGACAAGUUGGGAGCUUGGUGGAGUUAUGUAAGGAGCAUGUGGUCCGUCUUUGCGUCUCGACCCGCGUUGGUAUGGGAAGGAACUACAACGAACCAAUACAUGAGUGUGUCCAAGAAGAAAAGUCUGAAGAGGUGGAUAAAGAACACGUGGAAGAAGAAUUCGGUGAUGAAGGCUGGGAUGAUAACGAGUCUGAUGAUGUAAACUGGAAUGACAAAGCAUGGGAUGUAAAUUCAGAAGAUGAAUCUGAUGAUACUCAUGACAAUGAUAGUGCUGAUGAUGUCGACAACCCCGACGAUAUCGAUGCAGAUUAUAGUAAGUAUGGCAAGGUGAAAGAUGAGGAAGAGGGUGAAGAGAGUUUGUCUUUCCGUGAAAGGCUCCGUAGAGGUGUUUGGAAUGGUGGAAAUGGAGGGUUCACAGGCACUUGGUGUGACACUAUUCUGGUAAAUCACAGCUAUGCCUCUAAAGAAGCCCUUCUUUCUGAGUUGCGACUGACGGCUGUGAUGGCAAGAUUCGCAUUUAAAGUCUACAAGUCCACUACGGAUUUGUUUGUGGCAAAAUGUGUUGUCAAUGGAUGUGCAUGGAAGUUGAGAGCAGCUGUGAAGAAUGAACCGGAUUGCUUCUGGGUUACCAAAUUCGAUGAGGAUCAUGUUUGGCUGAAUCUUACCUAUACAACGUCAUACCGGGCUCUCAAAUUCGCUCAAGUAUUUGUCAGGGGAACUCCAGAAGAUGGAUAUGCUAACCUUCCUUCCUACCUUAGAAGACUGAAGCAAGCAAACCCUGGCACUAUAACACACCUGCUCUGUGAUGAAGAAGAUCGCUUCAAGUACUGUUUUGUGGCGUUAGCGGCUUCAACAGCGGGAUUUCAGUACUUGAAGAGGGUUAUUGUGGUUGAUGGAACACACCUUACUGGGAAAUACGGAGGCACAUUACUCGUGGCAUGUGGACAAGAUGCAAACUUUCAAGUAUUUCCUCUAGCAUAUGGUGUUGUUGAUGCGGAGACUAAUGAGUCUUGGGGAUGGUUUUUUGAUAAAUUACAGACUUGUUUCUCACCACAUCCGAUGGUCAUUGUUUCAGACAGAGCAUUGUCCAUUGAAAAUGCUUGUGUGAAUGUGCUUCCAUGGGUCACUAGAGGAAUAUGCUACUACCAUCUUCAGCAAAAUAUUAUCAAGACAUAUGGUGGUAAGGAGCUUAUGUAUCUGGUUAAAGGAGCUGCUUAUGCCCACACUCUAGCUGAAUAUAAUCGGUGCAUGGACUCACUAAGAGCUGCGCACCCAGACCUCGCAGCAUACAUGGAGUUGGCCGACCCUAAGCUUUGGUCUAGAGUACAUUUUCCCGGUGAUAGGUACAACAUCAAGACGAGCAACAUUGCUGAAUCUAUCAACUCGGCUAUUAAAAAGGCAAAGGGUUUUCCCAUACCCUCUCUACUCCAGUUUAUUAGAGAGAUGUUAGGGCGGUGGUUCUACAAAAGGCGUGAAGAUGCUUUAAGUCUGCAGACACCAUACAGCAAGGGAGUUGAGUAUAUACUGGCCAUCCGUGAACAUUACGCUCAGUCAAUGGAUGUUCAGCGGAUAGAUGCAACUAGUUUCCAUGUUGCUUCUGGACGUUCGCACUUCGUAGUUGAUCUAGAACAGGGUAAAUGUGAGUGUGGAGUGUUCCAAGUCGAGAAAAUGCCCUGUACACAUGUCCUUGCAGCGCUUGCCUCAGCUGGUGUGCACGUCUCACACCAUACAUGUGACACAUACUCGCAGGAAUGCUUGUAUGCGACCUACGCCCAUCCUAUAUAUCCUGAGGAGGAAAUUGACAACCACAAGAAGAAGAGCGAGCGGUGCCGACCUCCAAAACCGAAGGAUGGGCCUGGUCGUAAGAAGAAAUCAAGAUGGCAGUCGUGGCUGGAAAUUUCUAGGAAGUCUAAGGAAGAAAGGCAAGAGUCGAAGGAAGAAGCCCAAAGUUUACAGCUGCUCCAAAUGCAAGCAACCAGGACAUACGCGCCCGUAUUGUGUCCAAGCCUGCUGAGAAAUAAUCUCGGCGGUCUACGAGAGGUCUUCGGAGGUCUACGAGGCGUUCACGGAACUUCUGGAGGUCUACGAGGCUUUAACGGAACUUCACUGGAGGUUUACGAGGUCUACGACGUUAUCUCGCGAUCUACUUAUACAUUCGUGGAGGUCUACGAGAUGUUCACUGGCGGUCUAAUAUUGCUUUCGUACUAUUUUCAUUAUUAUUGUUUAAUACUAAGUGAUGAUUUCCUUGUUCUCGGGCUCGUAAUACUAAAGACGGAUUUCAUUUCAUUGCUUACUGCGAGUCCGAAUAGAUACAUCCGAAAUAGUUACGCAAAAUAG